AUGGCGGGCAAGUCUCCAGCACGUUCUGCGCUCAGAGAAGGAGGACCGCCUAGCUCACCACGACUACCUUCACCUCCACCAUUACCCGAGCUGCAACUAGGUCCCAGGAGUCCUUCGAUCAAUGCUCCCGGAAAUGAGCUCAGCCUCGAUGAUUUGGCGACACCUGAUGAGGGUGCUGCUAGGAGAGUGCGACCGGGUACAAACGCUUUAGAUAUGGCAAGGGGCCCACCUUUCGUUCCUCUACACCAGCUAGAGUCGCCUUUCCAAUUGCAGGAAUACCUCAAAUCCUCCUAUGCGAGCAAGACUCUGAACGAAUCCUCUCAUACGCUCGUACCUAUCACGAAAGAGACAGCCAUGGAGCUUGCCACUCCUCCAAUACAGCAGGACACAGGAGAACCUGUCGAUCGUAACUUGUGGUUAUAUGAGUUGUGUCGAUUUCUAGUUCAGCGCACCAACAGGCUUAUUGUGUCGUUCUUUGCGGAUAGUCCUCCAUGCUCGAGUCAGACAUGUCCUGAGAUGCGCGCCUCGGAAUGGCAAUAUCUAUGUGCUGUUCACGAACCACCCAAGUCAUGCUGCGCUAUCGACUACUGUUGUCAUACGCUUGAUUGGGCCGCCAAUGUGCUGACAAGCACCAAGCACUUUCCAUCACGACUGUCUUUAGGAGGCGAGGGCGUGAGCGCGUCCCAAAGCAUGCGACAACUUACCAAUAUCUUUCGAAGGGUGUACCGAAUAUAUGCACAUGCCUGGUUUCAACACAGAGAGGCAUUCUGGAUGUUGGAGCAAGAGGAGGGACUAUACAAGUUUUUCAGAACAGUCUGUGAUGCCUACAGUCUCAUACCCGAGGACAACUAUACAAUACCACCAGAUGCAGAAGGUGAGAAGGAAGAUAUGCUCGAGACGCCUGUAAGCGAUAAAGGUGUGGGAAUACACAUCCUGAGAAAUGAUACACCAAUCAGCCAGCAGCAAAUGUCACAACCGAACGAGUCAGAACCAGUCCAGGUUCCUACCACAGCACCCACACAGAGGAGGCACAGGCAUACUCCAAGCACUGGCACACAAGUGAACUCGAUAGCAGAAGGAGCGGAAGAAGAGGAAGAGGCUGGUAAUGCAACCCAACUAUCGCAGACAGUAGUGUCAGAGCCAACCGCAACAUCGACGAGACAAAUGACUGCCUCGCCACCAAAAGUAGCACGUUCACCUAGGCCUGAAGGACUAUCAAUGCCAACAAGUGACCCUCAGCUGGAAGAUCUUCGCGCACCGGAAGACCCAACACCCACACCCGAAAGACGUGUCUCAGACCCGUUCUCAGAAACAGGAGUGUCAGCGUCAGCAGCAGAUUCAGCCGUGACGACAGAAGAGCUUGAAGCACCCCCAACAGUAACGGCCAUCAAGCCGCCUCCAUCCACGCUGACUGAGCCUGUGAAUAUUCAGCACCCUCAUGCAAGCAAAACACCAAUCCCGUCAUUGCAGAUGGAACCGCAGGCACAAACACCACCCCGAGUGCACGACGAGAACGAAGAAGUCCGUUCACCUAGUGGUGGAAGCAUCAGGACGGUCGGAGACGAUAUUCUCAGUGGUGUGCUUGCUCAUAUGGACGAAGACCACGAUACCACAGCAGGAGCACUACCCUCCUCUUCUGCAUCAGCACCUGACCCAACCGAUUCCACAUCCUCAGGAGAAAUCUCGAGCGUCAAUGCAAAUGAAACCUCUGGUGAGAAGCAGGUUGUCUCUACUCCAUCUACCCACGAGCUGACCACAGCAGUACAUCAAGCAGAAAAGAGCCGUGAGGUAGAUGCAGACGAGGAAAUGGAGGAGAUCAAGCUUGACAGAAUAAUGACUGCUGUGAAGGACAACGAGGAGGUAAAUAAGCAGAGCCCUACAGAAGCGAAAGAAGACGUCAAGGACGACGGGACGACUAAGGAGGAGACUGCUGCGGGUGUGGUUUGA